AUGGCCUCCCAAUUAUAUCGUAAUAGAAGCGAAGGGGGCCCGUCGACGCCUGGGGCAGCAGGUGCAGUCAGAAAAAGAGCCGCGCGCCCCCCUCGAAAGCCUACUGCCACUGACCAACUCGUGUCUGUUCUUGGAUCUCUGAUAGAUUUGUCAAAGGAGCAACUGGUUGAGCUUCGUGAUAUGAAAGCUUCCAAUCAAGGAUUGAGAAGAGAAGUCGCCGAGAUGAGAAAUGAAUGGAAACUCAGAAACGAGGCCGAUCGGGAUGACGUGGAGCGACAACUACACAAAGAGCAAGAGCGCGGGGAUAAGCAGCAUGUCGAGCAAAUGGAUGUCUUGAAUCAAAUCCAGACGAACUUGCGAUCAGUAGGCAGAGAUCACCGGGAUUCAACUGCACGGGAUGCGGAAAAAGAGAUUUUAGAGGUAAACUCCCAAUUCCCAUACCGCCAUAUUGAUGUAUGUGUAUCCAGAAACAUGCUGCGUACUCUAACGUUUUUCAUAUGA